AUGCCAUGCUUGCCUUGCGGCUGGCGUCGGCAAUGUCCUGAUACUGCUGAAGUGAGAGCCUGCGGAGGGCUUGCAUCCAGCAAGGGCAAUGGGCUGUUUGCCACACGGUCCCUGGUGGAAGACGAGUUGCUCUUCGAAGAAGAUCCUGUCUGCGGCAUGGCUAUGCUGAUGUUCGACGAUGCUGCAUCGGGAAGGUUUUGUCAGCACUGUCUGGUGCUGCUGCGCGAGGAUUCCGAGACAGUCUCCUGUCUGCAAGAAUGCGGGGCGUCAUACUGCAGCCAUGCAUGCCGUGAUGCUGCAAAGUGGGCUUACCAUGAUGUUCUAUGCCCUGUCGCCAAUCCUCGGUGGGGCGAGUACGUGGAGAGGGCGCGUGAGUGCGGGAACGAGUACUACGUACUGGCAGCCCGAGCGUUGGCGAGCCUACGAAACUGCACACCUGCGGAUGAUGGUGAAAUGUGGACGCGGACGCCUUGGUUUGGAUAUGCAGCGCCGCCGUGGUGGCAGACAAUGAAGCGCCCGAUUUACGACACCGAUGACGAGUCCGAUGGUGACAGUGCGUCACAGCCUCAGGACUUGGAUUCGGAAGACAACGCCUCCCUGGAUCGUUUUUUCCAAUCCGCCGUCCGCACGCAGACGUCGGAGAUGGCAGAGGAGCUGGCUGCGAUUCUGGCGAAUUCGGACUCAGUGUGGUCCUCCUUGUUGGCGGGACCUCAGGCUUCUGAGGCUCUUGGUCGCCUCAUGGGUCUCGUGAGGGUGAACUCCAUGGCCAUCCAGUCGCAGACCGGUGGUGACAGCGGUGACGAUGUUGAACUCGCCAAGGGUAUGGCGAUCUACCCUGUCACCUCCGCCAUGAACCACGAUGCAGAGUCGAACUGCUAUGUUGCGAGCAACCCGAGUGAGCCCCAGCGCUGCUACGUGCGUACGCGCCGGGCGGUAGCGGCGGGUGAGGAGCUGUGCAUUGAUUACCUGAGCGGGGCGCCAUACAGUGAUGAGCAGCGCUGUGACAUACUGCAGCACCAGUAUGGGAUUCCAAGCACGUGA